AUGAAUCUACCAGUGGUGGACUUCAGCGCAUUCAACCUGAAUGAAAAAAAUGUUCUGGACGAUCAGCUUCACGUCUUGAGCAAAGAGUUGAAAACAGCCUUUACAGAAAUUGGGUUUGUCUAUCUGAAGAACACGGGGAUUACCCAAGAGGAGGUGGAACAUGUUAUGGCCAUGUCCAAGAACUUCUUCCUGCAGCCAGAGGAGCUGAAGCAGCCCUUCAGCAGGAAAAGCUAUGCCGUUAACCGCAAUCACGGCUGGGUGUCCUCAGAAACUGAGAGGUUGAAUCAACGUCGACCUGGAGACCUGAAGGAGGCAUUCAACAUAACCUCUCUUCGCCCUGACAUCAAAUGGCCAUCGUCAGGUGCUGCAACAGGGUUCAAGGAGGCCCACAUUUCUUUUUUCCAGCACUGUAAAGAGCUGUCUCUGCGGGUGCUGAGGGUGAUGGCCCACAGUCUGGAUCUGGACCCAGAGGUGUUCCUCAGCACACAUCAUCUCAUAGGGAGUGAAGAGAAUGACACAACUCUGCGGUCCCUGUACUACCCACCAGUCAGCAGAGAGAAGGUGAAGGAAGGUCAGCUGCGCUGUGGAGAACAUUCAGACUAUGGCAGCAUCACCCUGUUGUUCCAGAGCCAUGAGGGAGGCCUGCAGGUCCUCAGUCGCUCAGGUGAAUACGUCUCUGCUCCCAGCAUACCUGGAACAGUCCUGGUCAACAUCGCUGACUUAAUGCAGCGCUGGACCAGCGACCUGUUCGUCUCUUCAGUACACAGGGUUUUACUUCCCCCUGCUGGUGACUGCAGCACUCGCCAGUCUCUGGCUUUCUUUGUCCAUCCAAAUGUUGAUGUCCUGAUAACCUGCAUUGACGGCUCCAACAAAUACCCUCCAGUUAAAUCAGGCGACUAUCUCAUUGAGCGAUUCAAUGAUUCUUUUGGACGAGAGUGAAUUUCCAUCCAUAAAUGACGCCCACUUUACUCAGUAUUAUUGAAAUACCACUACUAUAGAUCAAACACCACUGUUUGAUGUAUUUGUUGUAUUUUAUGCUCUUGUUUAAAAAGCCCACAUAGGUCUGCCACUACACAAGAAAGUCAUUGCUUGGAUUAAUCAUAUAGGAUCCAGAUCAUGAAUGCGUGAUUUUGUCAACAAGGAAAUCAAGCAAUGCUACUAUCCUUAUAGGAACAAUUCACCAAAAAUAGAAAGAAAAAUAUUUUCCUGCUCACUCCCAGUGCAGUCUCAGUGCCGUGUCACUGU